GAAACAGGAUAUUUUUAUCGCCAACAUGAAAGUGGUGAUGUGUUUACAAACAUUUGUCAAGUAUGAAUGUUACUACAAAAUGUAUCUUGUUUUUAUUAGAUUUUCACAGAGUUUUUGAUUAAAGCUAGAGUGAUAAUGGGGAACUCGCUGUUCAAACGUUUGUUUGGAAAGAAGGAAGUACGAAUACUCUUCAUGGGUCUUGACGCAGCAGGAAAGACGACUACACUUUAUACACUAAAACUUGGCGAAGUCGUUACAACAAUUCCCACCAUCGGAUUUAAUGUUGAGACAUUACACUUUAAAAAUGUGGAUAUUACAGCUUGGGAUGUCGGUGGGAGAGAUAAAAUUCGUCCUCUAUACAGACAUUAUUACCAAAACACACAGGGGCUUGUGUAUGUACUUGACAGCAACGACACAGAGAGAGUUAACGAUGCGUUGGAUGAGUUAUUUACCGUACUUAAAGACGACGAAUUGAGGGGGAUCCCUGUUCUUGUUCUAGCUAACAAACAAGAUAUGUCAGGUGCCCUAAAACCGGAGGAGAUAAUAUAUAAGCUACAGGAUGAAAAAUGCAUGCAUGAUAGACAAUGGAAGGUGUUCGGCGCUUGCGCCAUUGACAGCAAGGAUAAUGGCCUUUACGAAGCAUUUGAUUGGUUCUCAAAUGAAUUGGUGACGAAUGAAAAAAACAGGAUAGCAUCCGGUCUAUUAUAUGGAGCGGACGCAGACAAAAAGAAUGAAAAAACUGGUGAAAAUGCUGCGAAAGAUUCGAAACCGUUCUAUUCAAGUUUUGUUGAAUCACUUAAAAAGAUGAUAAGUUAAACAAUAAUUUUGGAUCAGUUGUGCUAUAAGUACAACACAGCUGUGAUACACAAUUCAAAAUGAGACGCAAUUAUCAGCGAUAGGGUGUGGUCUAUUCACGCCCUAUUGCGGACAUAUAUUAUAGAUUUAUAAAAAAAAAACUAUAUGUAUCAAAGGUACAAUGCUUUCAAGUAUAUAUGAGAAUGAUUAUAAACAAAAAAAACCCUAAAAAACUGGUCAACUAAUCAAACAAAUUAAUUAAAACUAUUUGAUUGACAAGUGAUACGAGGCAAACAUGGUGACGGACGGUCAGCAUCUCUUUUCAGUGGUUUUAUAUUUUCUUGGGGCAUGAUCAUGCUCGGAAAUACUUUAAAAAGUUUUUUUUUAAAAAAAAACUCAUCAGUUGGGGCCAGUGUUGUGUACUUACAUGAAGGGCAAGUGGCUGAUUUGUUGUUUUUGAACCUUUCCCUUAUUUUUAUGAUAAAAUAUUUCUACUUACAUUAUAUAUCGUUUUGUUAUUUUCUAUAUUUCUACAUGUAGUUAUCGUUUGCAAAUUGUUGUUGCUUUAAUUUGUUAUCUUCACACAUACAAAAAUAAACAUUUCUUAGUAUGA